GGCGGUUGAGUGUCGAUAGCGGGUGGUUGAUCGUUAAAAAUAAUUGUAGUUUUUUGUAGUUUUUGGAAGCGAUUCUGAUUAAAUUGCAUUAAUUACUGUUGAUAAUCCAUUUUGAUAGUGUCUGGCGUAGCGUUACGGAAGACUAUAAUUUUCUCGGAUUCCCGUAGCUGUCUUCAAGCAUUGCUAAUGAAUCCUUUCGCGGUUCGCUUCCACAAUCCUAUCAUAUACCAAAUUAAGGAAAACCUUAUAAGAUGCAGAGAGAUGGGGUUUGAGGUUGCCUUAGCUUGGAUCCCAGGUCACUCGGGGGUCUCAGGAAACGAGUGGGCCGACGGGAUCGCCAAGGAGGCCAUAGUAUGCGGUGACAAGGUCCCGUUUAGAAACUACUGUCAUGAUUUGGUUCCUCUGGCGGCCAGGAUGCUAACCCGGGCUUGGGCUGCUGACUGGACUGCCUCCAAUCGGGAUUGUUUCUGCCAAAGGGCCAAACACUAACUUUACCAACAGGAACUACACCAUGGACACAAGUUUUCGCCCCAACCUGUUCUCUUCUACCUUAAAUUUGCCACGCAAUUUUGAAAAGCAAAGUUCUGCAGCAUCAGUGGCCAGCAGCCAACGAAGUCUGUACUAUAGAAGGGACACUUCUCCCACUGGUUCUGUCCGCAGUGAUUUGCAGCCACGAAAUUUCCACCAACCUUUCUAUUCGAGAGGCUUUUCCCAACGAUCAGUGUGCAAUGACAGAGCAGUAUCACCGGUCUCAAUGAGAAGUAUUGAUUCAACAGCCAGUCGGGCAGAUACAAUCAAAUCUUGUAUUGAUACAAUGAAGUGUUUUACUGAAGAUGAAUGGAAAAUGAUUAAGCAUGCAGUAAACAGAAAUCUUCAAUAUAGGAAAAAAGCUCAGAAGAGACGAAAAAUGCAGAAGUCCUUAAAGAAUUUCAAAACCAGGUAUGAAGAUGAUAGUGAGCAAGCAUCCAGCUCAUCAAUGAGCAAUGAUGACUGUGUGUCAUCACGGACAGGUUACAGUUGGAGACAGUUCUCAGAAAGAAAUGGUCUACCCCAAAAUGAGAAUACUUUGUACCCCCAGAAUAAUACAAUGUUUGGUCUUAAAAAUACCUUCACCUCUCAAAGGUAUGCGAGUAGCCAAGCAAAUAUGUCCUCCAUGCAAAGAAAUACUCUUAAUGCCUCCAUAUGUUCUACUAAAAGCAUGCAAAAUAUGACUAUGAUGUCUCAAAGAGACAGGUUCAGGGGUGGAUUUCAAUUCCCAUCUCAAAAGUUUAACAGGUCCACAUUUUAUGAAGAGCAACAGCAAGUUAGAAGCAAUCAGUUCCCACAGGCAGGGUUUGCUAACAAAAAGAUGAAUGUACAAAGAGAUCAGAUUGAUGAACUGAGUGAUGAAAAUGAUAACAUUUUCCUUGACACAACAGAAAAACAAAAAACAGUGGCAAAGAAAACUGGAAAGAGAAAAGCUGAUAACUUAGGUGAAAUACCAAAUCCUACUACAAAGAAACCAAAAACUUGUUCAAGUAAUGAGAAAACAAAGAAGAAAACACAAAACCUAAAUAAGGAUUUAAAUGAGUUUGAAUUUGUAAAGCCACAAUUUCCCGUUAAGAAGUCUGUCCCUGCUAAGCCUAAGGAGAAAUUGAUUUCUAAAUCUUCUGGUGCUCCAGACCUACUCUGUAGUAUUCAGGAGAAAGAAAUUGCACAAUCCCAGUCAGUUCAAGCUCCAAGCCCAGAGCCACAGGCAGAACCUGAACAGCAAGAGAACUCGGAGCUGACUACCAGUGACAUGUCCAUGAGGCCCAGCUUUAUGAAAAGAAAACUGUUUACCCAGACACUUGAUGUCACAGAGAGAAAAAAUAAUAGCUUUGAUAGUGGUAGUGCAGACAGUCCACAAGGCAAUAUCUAUAGUGCAUUGUCUAGAGAGAAACAUAAGACAAGGAAAUUGGUCACCAGCCAGUCACUUUUAAGUCGUGAUGUUAAUCAGGAUGACGAUAAUCUCUUAGAUUUGAUUCAUAAGAUUGUCCCUCCAAACCAAGUUAAUUCAACUAUAACUGCUAACACCACCAAACCAAGGGUUAGUGGAACUAAAAAUGGCGAAGACAAAUGGGACAUUACUUCAAUUAUAUCAACAUGUAAUAAUGACAGUGUCAGUGAAACUUACACAGAUGAUGAAAUAUUCAGAGUUGGCAUGGAUGGUACAAAGAGUAAACCACAGGAAAAACAUGCCUCCAAAAACAAUAAAAAUGAACCAAUAAAAAAUGUUUCCAAUAAACCUGAAACCAAGAAAGCUGAAGAUAAUGCAAAUUCAAUAAAUAACAAAAAUGUCAAAGAUCUUGGUGAAAGACAUAGCGUAAAAAGUAGGAAUGUAGGGAACACCAAGUCUCAAAUUGAUAGACAUGUCAAAAACCAUGCUAAUGCAAAUGAUAAUAUGGGUGUUGGUAAUAUAAAAACCACCAAUAAAAAAAAUUCCAAAGAUAAGCAAAGUAAACAAACUAACAAAAUUGUUAAAGGUGCAGGUGAUAUGAAACUGGCAAAUAACAAAUUUUUUAAAGAUAUUGGCAAUAUAACAACAGCACAUAACACAAAUGUCAAAGAUAUUAAUGUACUGAAGCUUACAAAAAAUAAAAUUGUCAAAGAUGAUGGAAAACUGUUAAAUAGCAAAGAUGUCAGCAGGAAUCCCUUGAGUAACAAAAAAUAUGGAGACCUAGAUAAUAAGCAAAAUGUAAAUAAUAUAAAUAAGAUAGACAACACAAUGGUUCAAGCUGCUCCCAGAAUGGAUACUCCUGUGAAAGUUUGUCCCGCCAUGAGGGUGAUGCUGAGCCGUAGCAGCCGCAUCGACGCCUUCUGGGACACGGACGACAGCGACCACGAGACCGCCGCGCGCCGACACGCGCCCCCCUCGCUACCUUAUCACCAUGCAGAUUUGACGCAGAAUCAGGGAACCAAUCCCAAGCAAAGUGGCCCUGGCAGCCAGCAUGCUUCAUCGACGAAACUUACGAAAGCGAACAAAACUCUAGCAGUAAUUCCGUUAGUAGUGUUGGAGAACGUGGACAAAAUCACAAAAAAACAAGAAAGCAAGAAAACUACAAAUAAAUCUCAAGCAAAACCUAAAAAGAAGUUGAAUGGUAACUCUCAGCCUGAAAAAAUGGUUAAAAAUAAUAAUGACACACCAAACACGUCACUAAGGACAAGAAGACGAAUAAACCUAUCAGACGCGUUAGAAUCUGCUAAUAAUUCAGACCUCAAAGAAAAUAUACCGAUUAAAACAAACGUUCAAAAGAAACAAAAGACUGAAAAAAAAGUAACACAGGAUGAAAAUAAUAAGACUAAAGCAACCGAAACCACAAAGAGUAGAAAAAAGAAAGGGGAAAGUUUAACAGAUGACUCUAAAAGUCGAGUAGAAACCCCAACAAGCCAAAGUAAAACUACUAAAGUACAAAAACCUGCUGAACAAAUGAAAAUUGAUAUUUGCAAAGUUUUGAGAUCACGCAACAUUGACCUGUCAUCUUCGUUUAAUUCUGACAAAUUUGAACUAACAAUGACUCGUGGAAGAAAAUCUCGAACGCCAAGCAAAAGAAUAUCUUUCAAUAAGUCGAAAAAUGUGCUGGUCAAUAACAAAAUCAGAAAUAGAGCAACCAAGUCGUGAGGUACACGAACAGUUAGGUAAUACUAGUGUUUUGUUUUAAUAAGGCGCUGCCUCGGAGGAAAUAUAGACUGGAGUAGCCUUCAUGUUGCGUCUACGUACAAAUAAUUCUGCCAAGAUUCGCGGGAGGUGAGGAAAUAACACAUGUAAAGGAGUACUCACAAAUGCAAAAAAUAUUAUUGUCAAUACACACGCACAUUAUGAUAAAAAAAUAACACAUGCUCAUUAUGAUGAUCAAUGUCUCAUUACGAUGUCAAUAUUAUUAUAUGCUCUAUUCUAAUUGAAAUUAGGUUAAUUCUUACAAAAUAUAUAAAUGAAGUCUCGUGGGGAGUGCGUCUUUUUAUGAAUAAAUUGAUACAUAAAUAUCGACCCUAUU